AUGGCAAAAUCUAAUAAAUUAAAAAAACCACCUCGGUUUUACUUUUGGAGAAAGACUUUAUCAUUAUCUGAUCUCAAUCUACCUCGCCGCUCAAAGAUAACAGUUGAUGCCCUUCGUACAUUAAGCUUGUUUCCUUCUGUCCUUGGCUGGGCCUAUAAUUGGCAACAAGCCUUACAGGUACCAUUACGUGAUGCAGGUGGUGCUGCUAUUCUUCAGAGUUCUCAGUUAGAUUAUGUCGUUGCUAGCUUUUGGUGUGCCUUGGCUGGCUAUUGGAAUUGGAUAUUAACCACAAGUAUGAUGAGACGUUGGAUAUAUCAUUAUGAAAUAGAAAAUGCCAUUGUUCGAUUGAUCACCUUUAUUGUCAUCACAUGGUCCAUUUCAGCUUUUGUUGGUUCUCGUAAUGGACCUGAUCAACCUAUACGUACCUGGAUGAUCAAUUGCUUUAUACUGCUAAUCACAGACGUCAUUCGACUUUCUAUCGUUUCAGAUCCUAAAUAUCACGGGAAAAAUGCCAAUGUAGGAGAUCCGAACCUAUUUCUAAAACUGACAAUCACAAAAGUGCUCAUCAUCCCCAUGUCAGUAGCAACAUGUCUUUCUGUUAUCGCAGUACUUAUACAAAUCGAUCAAUUACACUACAGUACAAGCCAGAUCAUGACUGGACCCGUUUUACUAGAUGCAAACUUGACACAGGCAAGCAAUGACUCGAUACUAGUCUUGAUCAUGUCAUGCUGGACAUACACAUGCUUCGAGAGAAGACAGGUGCUUAGGAAGACCACUUUGAAGCUACUAGAACCAUAUCAACAAGUAGAUUAUCGAUUUGUCCUAGGGCAACCGCCAUCGGCUCAAGCACAGAUGUUCGUAGGACCCGAUAUUAUUCAGGAAUCAGGCAUUUACAAGGACAUGAUCCUGGUACAAUCUUCUGAUAUUGAAACAGAUAAGAGUAGAAAAGUGUUUGAAGCAUUCAAAUGGGCAAAGGAGUUGAAUCAUGAAUACAUUGUAAAAGUAGAUGACGACGUCUUUGUUCGUUGGGAUACUAUCAUUGAAGAACUAAAAGCUAUGGACCCAAAACCAUAUUAUUGGAAAGGGCUCACUUAUAGAAAUAUACCCAUUCGUACCCUGAGCAAUUAUAAAACAUUGAAAACAGACUACGCAUUACCUGUUAUUCCAGCUUAUACCCACGGUAUGCUAUACAUUUUUUCAAAGGACAUCCUGGAAUUGAUUCUGAACCCAAGCUCGCCAAGACGAUUUGUUCAUGGAGAUGGAGAAAACUUUGCUAUUUGGCUAUUUGGUUUCAACAUAAGCCCUAAUCAUGAUAGGCGUAUUCAUGAUGCAUAUGAUGUGUGCGAGAAUGACUUUAUAGGAAAACGUAUGGAACGAACAACAGACAUGCUAGUCAUGUACUCUAACCUUGUGAGUGGACGUCUACCCUGUACUGGAUUUGAUCUUAAUGGCUGUGCUCUCUGCUAUUCCUGCCUUAAUAAAAGAUCAAGCUGGAGAACAAUAAAUUUUGCUUGUGAUCCCGAUAAAGGUAUCAUAUUGAGAGAGAUGGUUGGCUUUUCUCAAAUUGCUGGCCUGCUGGAUCGAACCUUUUUUGAAUAA